AAGCUCAGCCCGGCGCGAGAGCUCUGGUGCAUCGCGGAGAUGAGCGCGCCCGAGGAGGCCGAGGGUUCCUCGCUGGAGCAGACCAUCAACGAGGAGUACAAGGUGUGGAAGAAGAACACUCCCUUCCUGUACGACCUGAUCCUCACGCACGCGCUCGAGUGGCCCUCGCUCACUGUCCAGUGGCUUCCCGACAAGCGCACGCCGCCCAACAAGGACUAUGCUGUCCACCGUGUCGUCCUCGGCACGCAUACAAACGACGGCGAGCAAAACNCCCGCCUCUCCGGCGGACUCUGCUCCCCUCCGCACCUGCUGCUCCCCUUGCCCGUCCCCUGCUGCCGUCUCUCCACCGGCCCUCACCUCCGCCCCCCUCCCCAGGCCAAGAUCGAGAUCACACAAAAGAUCAACCACGAGGGCGAGGUGAACCGAGCGCGCUACAUGCCGCAGAACCCGUACCUCAUCGCGACCAAGUCGCCCUCCGCCGACGUCUACGUCUUCGACUGGUCGAAGCACUCCUCCCGCCCUGCGCCCGACGGCACCUUUGCCCCCGACCUCGUGCUCAAGGGUCACUCCAAGGAGGGGUACGGGCUCGCUUGGUCGCCGCACACGCAGGGCCGCCUCCUCUCCGGCUCGGACGACUGCCUCAUCUGCACCUGGGACAUCGCGCAGGGCUCCAAGGCGGGGCACACGCUGCAGCCGCUCAACACGUACACCGGCCACACCGCCGUCGUCGAGGACGUGGCGCACCACCUGCACCACGCUCAGAUCUUCGGCUCGGUGGGGGACGACUGCAAGCUGAUGAUCUGGGACGAACGCGACAACUCGACCGCCAAGCCGAAGCACUCUGUCGACGCGCACUCCAAGGAGAUCAACUGCCUCGCCUUCAACCCCUUUUCCGAGUACCUGCUCGCCACCGGCUCCGCCGACAAGACGGUUGCCCUCUGGGACCUGCGAUCGCUCAAGUCGAAGCUGCACUCCUUUGAGGGGCACACAGAGGACGUCUACCAGGUCGGGUGGAGCCCCUUCAACGAGACGAUCCUCGCCUCUGCUUCGCUCGACCGGCGGCUGCACUUGUGGGACCUCUCGCGCAUCGGCGAGGAGCAGGACGCGGAGGACGCCGAGGACGGGCCGCCCGAGCUGCUCUUCGUGCACGGCGGCCACACUGCGAAGGUGGCCGACUUUUCGUGGAACGCAAACGACGAGUGGGUCGUGGCGUCUGUGGCGGAGGACAACAUCAUCCAGGUGUGGCAGGUGGCGGAGAACAUCUACGCCGACGGCGACGACGACGAGGAGGGCGAGGGCGAGGGCGGGCAGGAGGAGGAGCUCGAGUGAGGCGGACCCGCCAGAGUACACACAUCAAUAGAGAGGGAGAGCCGACACAGCGGCUCGCUCUCGGCCUCGCGCGCACCCCGCCUCCCCCGCGCGGCAACCCGCCUCGCGCGCGCGACGGGGCGACGACGGCCCCUCGCGUGGAGUUCAAGGGAGAGCGCGGGGGUGCGAGUCCUGUACGCAGUCGCACGAGUAUCGUGCUGUGUGAGUCUGUGACGGCGGAGUUGACGCCUCCGACGGUCGUAGCGGCGUGGCUGAGGGCGGCGGUGGAGGCGCCCGAUAGCGCGGUGAGGAUGGUCUCAUGGGUCUAGCAAACCAUAGACGACACCAAGAG